UUAUCUUCUGCCAUCACUACGUCCGAUUUGUUGUGUGUUUACUUGUCGAAGAUAAAUGGACUUGCAGUUACUAAUGCAGCAAAUGUAUAGUGGUGCGUCGGUCAUGACGAUUUCGGAAACGAACAUAGAUGGUUACAGAUACGGUAUUCCAUCUGGCCAGCACCAAGAGCAGCCAAUUUACCCUUUCCUGCCCAAUGAAAACGGUGACCAGUUGGUUGGGCAACUGGAGGACGACGACGAUGAGGAGGAGGACGAGGAGCAACGGACUCUGUUCUGCGGGAAUCUCGACGAGCGCGUGACGGAGGAGAUCCUUUACGAGGUGUUCCUGCAAGCUGGCCCCAUCGAAGGAGUGCGGAUACCGACCGAUAACAAUGGGCGUCCCCGGAAUUUCGGGUUUGUCACAUACCAACGCCUGUGUGCGGUGCCUUUUGCCCUAGACUUGUACCAGGGCCUUGAACUGUUCCAAAAGAAAGUCACCAUCAAGCAGCAGGGCGGCAAGCAGCUACCUGCCUACAACCAAAGUCGUCUGCGCAAUCAGUUCAUGAUGGAGGCUCUACCGCAGCCAUCGCCACUGCGUCACGCCCGACACAGUUUGCAUAACGGCAAGCCGUACGAUCGCAAUCCUUUUGGACACAACGCCGAUCAACGGCGCCGGAGCGACAGCUCCGUAAUGGAACGCAACCGGCUAAAACCACAGCAACACCACCAGCACAUGCAGGGAGGCAGCAGAAGAUCGGACCAACGCUCCAACAACAAACGCAGAUUGCUUUAAGAUUUCACCACAUUUUCGUCUUUAUGUAUACCCUAGUCCUUCAGUUACUCAAAACCAAAAUCAAAAGUUACCGUCUUUAAUCGUUUAAUGAGCUGGAUAUCUGCAGAAAAUUAUGUAUCAAAUGAAGCAGUUU